UACGACGAUGAGACGGAGAAAAAGAUUCAAUCCGCCAUCGACAAAUUUUUCUCCGGUGUUGAGGUCCUUCCGUCGCCGGCUUCAUUAAUACGGACAGAGCGAAAUGAGCGCUGUAAAUCAAAUGAAUGUGCGCCGAGUUUAGAGGAUGAUCUCAGUAAAUCGUUGAAAUGCGACGUCCAGUGUCAAACGAUGAUCACCUUCCCGAAGGACGUUGAUCUGGUUCGGUUGCUGGGCGGUUCUGCUAUGUUUCUGUACGAUGAGGAUGACGAUGAAGUGGAAGACGAAGAAGACUGUAGCUCCAACGAAGAUUCCAAUUUGAGUACAAGCUCGUUGCGUCGAAAGCUUUUUGGAAUCAGCGAAGCCAGCAUGCCCUGUGCCAUCAAGUGCUCCAAAAGCUCCUCAGGAAUACUGAAGCACCAACUGGAAAACUUGAACAUGUGCGCUGACGAAACAUACGACAUGGAAGAUUCAGUGCAUCUGGUCAGCAGUCCGGCGAAGGAUGAAGGGAGCGAAUUUUCGCGUCGUUCCACCUGGUGUGCCGCUGAUACAUUCGGUCAUGCGAAUAUUUCGCCGAUUAGGGUGGUUGAAGAAGAGGACGACGACGCUACAGCCGCAACAAAUGUCAGCAUGCUCAGCUUUGACAAAGUAGAAAACACAGAUGAAAGGAACUUCGACACGGCUGCAUCAGCGGCGGGUGUCAGCCAGAGGUGCAUCAAUGGCUAUGUUAUGAUGAAUGACGAUAUGCACGUGCAGCUGUCGCCUGUCACCGCAGAGAGCAAGCGCGUUCCACCGUCAGGAGGCGAUGGAAUUACGUACGUCCGUACAAACGACGGCGAUUCAAGCAUGGCGGCUGUGGACGAUUCUCCUCGUAGGGCAUCGCGCGUUUUUGGGAACCUUGUCGACAGCAGCAACGACGCCGGGAAGCCCCUCACUAGUUUUGGCGCAUUUUCGAAUCUGGCCCAUGGGGGUACAUUUUCAGCAACGGAUAGCGGUAUCGGCGUCAGCCAAAUUACUAACUCGAUGAACUUCACAGAUGCGUCGAAGUUCUGUGAGAUGUCUCGUCUGAAAGACAUCAACUUCAGUAGUGGCUGGAAAAUCCCGCUCAAAGCAUCUACGCCUCAUCCCGCUAGUGAUGGACAGUGCUUUAAUCUAGAACACUAG